CAACAAACAGAAUGACUAGAUCUAAAAAAAUCUAGAUCUAGAUCUAGAUCUAGAUCUAAAUCCACAUCUACGAAAAAAAUGGAUCUACUUCUCUAAUUAAUUUUGUGUCUUCUAAUAACGUCAUAAUAUAGUCUAGAAUGCGAGGUAAAAAACGUCCCCCAGAGGAAAAGAUUGUAAAUGUCGCUGGCCCCCUUCCACCAUGUCGAGUGUGUGAUGAACCAGCUGCAGGUUUUCAUUAUGGAGUUAACACCUGUGAAGCUUGUAAAGGAUUUUUUAGGAGAAGUCUCAUACGAAGUGGUGAAUAUGAGUGCCUAGGCUCAGGAAAUUGUGUCAUUGGCCCCAAUAGAAGGAAAAGUUGCCCAAAAUGUAGAUAUUUAAAGUGUCUGAAAGUUGGCAUGUCAAAAGAAGCUAUAAAAACAGGGCGAUACACAUACAUGAAAAGAACCCAAGACACACUAGAAAUAAAAUUACUAGAAAAGUCAAAGGACUCAACAAGUCUUGAGCCAGCCCACUCACCAAUGGAUUACAGCGACAUCUCUUCAGCGAGCUUCAAGGGGGAGCUGUACUCACCAGAGACAACCAAUGCCUCAAGUCAGGACAGCUCAGCCCCAACAAAGUUUGUUGAGAAACCAGCAGCCAACACAUCUCAGUCUUUGAUCACUAACCAACUGACAUUGGCAGAAAUGUCAUAUCUGUCCUGCUCACCCUCAUCUUCCUCCUCUUUCAAUGACACAAGUCCUCUUGUGUUUGCACAAAACUAUGACAGCCAGAGAGAAGAAAGUGAAACAGCUGCACAAAGCAACUUUAGCCCAGCUCCCUCCGUCCCUUCACACCCAGGCACAUCUGCUUCUUCUCCUCACUGUGUCACCUCACCUGAACUAAGCUCAAACAGAAGGCCAUGUCAGACCAAACCUUCUACAAGUUUAUUUCACUGUACAGAAUCUGUGGUGUCACAGAAAACAGAAUCUAUGACAAGUUUGUUACAGCAUAGUGAACCUUUGACACGGUUACCUCAGCAAAGUGAACCUAUGACAAGUUUGCUACAGCAUAGUGAACCUCAGCAUGGUGAAUCUAUUACACGAUUACCUCGGCAUAGUGAACCUAUGACAAGUUUGUCCCAGCAUAGUGAACCUAUGACAAGUUUGUCCCAGCAUAGUGAACCUAUGACAAGUUUGCCUAAGCACACAGAACCUGCAUCAAGCCUGUCCCAGCUUCUGCUGGUUGGUGAACCCCAGAACACCUGGGAGAACUACACAGAGGGAGAGCUGGAUGAGCUGAUCAAUGUGCUGGUCACUGGCCACCAGCAGACAAUCACUGACUCUAAUAGCAUACCUUAUGAGUUUAUACAGGAGAAGAUUAAGGAAUGCAAGGAAAAAUGCCAGCUUCAGACAGAAAUAUUUGGGCACAUGGGUAGAAUCGAUGUGGAGGAACAUGACAGGAUCUACAGGUCCACUGGUAUAGAUGUGGAUGGCCGCAUCGAUGACCUGAACUACUGCUCCAACAAGGUGGACACUGACAUCAGGCAGCUGAUUGCCUUCAUGAAACUUAUCCCAGGCUUCAAGACAAUCACAGUCUCUGACCAAACUGUUCUCGUCAAAGCCUGCAUCUACGAGCUGUUUCUGUUUGGCUACUUCCGAGGGUACAACAGGGAGGAGAAGAUAGCAGUGGAGGAACACAGGACAUACUGCAUUCACCAGUUGGAGACCUUCUAUACCAGGGACCUGAUUGACAAAAUCUUUCAAAUCACUGACCAGAUGCAGAAGAUCAAUUUAACUUUUGAAAUGAUUGUCAUUCUGAAAGCAGCAUGCAUUUUCUUUCCAGACAGAGUGACAGUCUCUAGAAAUGACAUCAUUGAGAGGAUUCACUUGAAGCUUGUGCAGUGUCUGCUGCUGCUGCUGCGUCGACACUUUGCAGAAAACUACUGCAAGGUGUUUGCUCAGAUCAUCGCCCUGCUGACCUCGCUGCGCUCAAUAGAUUAUGAGUGCAGGAAGUUGUGGGCCCAGAUGGGGCUGGACAGGUACCCUGAGGUCUCUAACAAACCUAUACUGGCUGAACUCUUUCGAGGGAACUUCACGUAGCUUAAAGGAAAUAUAUUGUAUAACAUUCUUCAGUACCCGGUUUGUAAAUCAUAUUUAAAUAUCUAUUGAAAAUAUAUGUUAUGUACAGUCUAUAAUUACCUACACCAACUAAUGCAGUUUAAAAAAUUGUCAGGAUAUUUAAGGCUCUUUCAAUAAUGUUGCUAAAUUGUAACUAUGACUCAGUCACUUCUAAUCCUGACACUCACAAAAUGGUGAAAAAAAUUGCUGUAAAAACAUGCUGUGUAUUGUAUUGCUGGGUCUCUGUAAUAGCAGUUGUGGAUAAAAAAGAUAUAUAGACACAAUUGAAAACCUUUUUAGUGGAGUUUCUUCACUAGAGCUCUGUUGGCUAUUUCACUGUACAUAUAGUUUCUUUUGUUGUUCAAUCAAUUUUAAAUAACUUACCCAGAGUUGAUUUGAUCUAAAUUAAACAGAAGCUUAUGUUAUUAUUUGACACUGUUGUAUUUUAAAGGCAGCUAUGUGUGUUUUUAUGUCAUGAUUUUUUUGUUAACUAGAGUCACAUGGCAGGUUGGAUCUCUACAUGAAGUUAAGUACAAACAGUACAGACAUUUUUCAAGAAAAAACACUCACAUGCUAGAAAAUUAAAUCUUCAUUUAUUUUACAUUGAAAAAAAUUAAACAUUAGAAUAAUGUUUUGAAAAUUUGUUUGGAAAAUAAAUGUUAACAUUUAUGAUGGUUUCUUGAAUUGGGGCUCUGUACUCCUCAAAGAACUGGCAUGUAAAAUUAUAACCUUCAGAUUUUAUUAUUAAAAUAAUUGAUUAGAGAUACAUUUACAAAGACAGGGUUGUAAGUGAUAGUUUUUUAAAGCAUAAAGACAUUUUAAAAAACAAUAUUUACCCUUUACUUGAAUACUUGAUUUCAGGUUUAAACUAUUUAUUUAAGUGAAUGCUAAACAAAAGUUUAAAAAUUUCCUUUCUUAUGGCUGCACAACUUUCUCUUCUGUUUGUACAGUUCUUGUUGUCUAAUACAAGCAUAGUAACUGCCUCAUUGUCCCUUUUUUAAAAGUAGGUAACUUCCUUGGUCUGUGAUUUGAAAGGUGUAAUCUGGUUGGUACAUUUCUUUGAAACCUGUGAUCUGAUUGGUGCAUUAAUUUGAAAGCUGUGAUUUAUUCAAGUGGAGCAUAACAGUUCUUAUAUUGUUGAUAUUGUUGACAUAAUACAAUUUCUAUUUUUUCUGGUAACAGUUAAUAUUUGUCACAGAUAUAUGCACAUUUUCUGAAAAAUAUUUAAUAUUUUUUAUACUUUUGAUGAAGUGUCCUUGUACAUUAAAAUAUUGUUUUGCCUGCUUACUCCUAUUUAUACAAUUGUAUAUGAAUAUUUUUUUCUGACAAAGACUUUUGGUUGAUACAUGUUUUUUCCCCCUGAGAUUAACCACUAUUUGAUUUCUAUUUAUUUUUGUACCUUCAGAUUAUAACCACCAUAAUGCAGCUUCCAUUGUUUUACUUUAAUCAGUUUUCUAUCUGGCUUUAGAAAUAUGCCAUAUAUCAUGUGUUAUUAGAAUAUAUUGUACAUUAUGAUAAUAAUUUAAUGUGUCUCAGAAAUCCUUUGUUGCUUAUACAUAUGAUAAAAAAUGUAUAGUUCUUUGCCAAACAUUCCACAUCAGGUUUAAUUUCAAUACCCUAUUAUGUGAUAUCUUCUUAUGUAUACCACUAUUCAUGAGUAACCAGCUGGUUGAAUUGAGGUUGAUUGAAGGAACAGAUCAUCAACUAUCUCAGAAUGAUUUUUAAAUAAUUUGUUUUGCUCAGUUUGAAAUGUUUCUAUUUCAGCUUUAAGAGAUGAGGUCACAAAGGUAAAAAAAAACCCACUUUAUUUUAUAAUAGUGGGAAUUUGAGUUGCAUGUUAUAAUGUAAUUAUAAUAUUUUAAAUAACAAAUCAACAAAUCAUGACAACAUCAUUUCAUUUUGUAUUGUGACAUCAGUGAUGUCAGAGAUGUUUUAGCACUUGUUCCAGUUUCAUUUACAUUUAACCUUGGUUUUUGUUACCUGUUUUUGUACCAGUUACCUUGGUUUAUGUUACCUGUUUUUGUACCAGUUACCUUGGUUUAUGUUACCUGUUUUUGUACCAGUUACUUUGGUUUUUGUUACCUGUUUUUGUACCAGUUACCUUGGUUUUUGUACCAGUUACCUUGGUUUUUGUUACCUGUUUUUGUACCAGUUACUCUGGUUUUUGUUACCUGUUUUUUGUACCAAUUACCUUGGUUUUCGUUACCUGUUUUUGUACCAGUUACCUUGGUUUUUGUUACCUUUUUUUGUACCAGUUUUUGCUAUCUGAUAAGAUAAUUUGUGCUUCAUUCUGUUUUUAUAUCACAAUGCCAUUAACAUAUAAAUAAUUUUAUGCUAAGACGCAACCAAUUUGUGUUUAGUUUAUAUUUACAGAUGGUAUAUUGCAUAAUUUAAACAAAGAUAUAAAAAAAAAAUUAUUCGUGAUUUGUUGUUUACAAAUAUUGAUAGUUUUUUUUACUAAUUAUAUUUUAUUGAUUUCCAAAAAAAUUAAUUUCUUUGCUUAAAAUCAUAUAAAGAUUAGAAAAUAUAUCACCUAGUUGAGAAAAUAGUUAAACAUUUUAUUAUAUUUCUACCACACAAAAUGAAGUUAAGGCAAACCUCCUAUACCAACAGCAGCUAAAUCAUUAAAGUAUUUAUAUAUUUA